CGUUGGCAGAGUGACGUUAUUUUUUUUUUUUCCUAGAUUUCUUCUCGUCCCUUUUUUUUAUCUUAAAUACAGUUACGAGUGUGACGCACGCAGAAGCAAUUUGACACAGGCAAAACAGAUCGGCGGUAUCACGUAUUUGACUUAUCCGCAUAGCCAACGUCGGCCUCACAUUCAAAUUCCAAAACAUUGGCUAUUUUAGACCGCCGGGUGAUUCAGCCUGUCCUCUGAAAAUUCAUUUGGUUAAACGUAAAUUGUUUGAAAGAAAAAUGAUGUCGUUCCAUUUCGAUGUUGACCGACAGCUGGCUGUUAGGCAACGGUCCUUUCUAAACACCAGAGGUCUGUGUUUGAAGUGAGUAGGCCCAACAACAAUCCAAACCAAACAGAACAAAAAAAAAAAAAUAAAAAAUAAAGAGAAACGGUGCCUUUCAUUUUCAACAUCUAGAUGAGCCAAGAAAAUAAUUUGAAUAUUCCAAAAAAAGAAAGAAAAAAAAAAAAAAGAAAAAGUGAGAACUGUUCCGCGUUUAUUUUUACCCGCUGGGCCGAAGGCCGUUCGUGCCGCCCAAAUUUUCGUUCCGAGUGCGUUCGUCAUCGCACAUGGACUCUCACAUUUCAGCCACGUCCAAUGGAUAACCAACAUCUCGCAAUUGCACAGUUACACCUGGAACGGCAGCGGUUGCGGCCGAUCGUCGCCCAUCGAUCUUGAAAGUGAUUUUUUUUUUUUUUUUUUCUUUUCGGCCGCUCUGAAUGGCGUCGUCCAAUCGUCACGAUUCAUUCGCACCGACCAACUGCAAUUUCGUCCGCAUUAUUUCAGCGCUGGCUAGCGUGUCGCGCCAAACAUUUCACAUCAUCAUCUGAGGCUUGUGCUGUGCGUAUAGUCGAAGCCACAUUAUACAUAAAGGGACGGCAGCUGCUGGGACGACAUAAUGCCGACGUCAGCCGAUUAUGAAAUUUCCAUCGACGAGCAUCACAAUCCCGCCAAUGCCAAUCACAGGGCUCAAAAGAUGAUCGGCGAACUGAACAGCCUAGUGGCCCAGUUUCGGCAACUACUCAUCACCAUCGGGCAGCCCAAAGACUCGCCCGAAGUCCGAGAGAAGAUCCGACGGUUGCGGCGACAGUGCGUCGAGUCUUGCAAACACACCAACCAGCUCCUUCUGCCGCAGAUACACAGUGAUAUCGCCGCUGGAAUUCCGCUGGACAAGGACCAUUUGGUCCAUUUUUUCUGCAGUUGUCAGUUGCUGGUCCGCGAGUUGCACAAGAGUCACCGCCUCAUUCAGAGGAAACCGCUCGACAUGACCAGCUUUUACGAAAAUCGAGCCGGGCCAUCCAAUUUGGGUACAGUCUUCAGCCAGAUCAUUCUCUGCAAACAACUGGCGCCCGAUUUCAACGCGGAGGAGCUCCGUUCCAUCCGCAAAGACUCGGAGGAUAUCCAACGGCUCAUUGACGACCUCUCGGAAUUCAUGCCCAUGGAAGAGUCAUACGGACGGGCGUUCGCCUUGGCCGGCGAGGACAAGUUCAGCGUUUGGGCCAAACAGCGGAUGCUGACAAACCGGCGGCAGCGCGCUACUUCCAAUCCGCUUUGCCGCAACAUUCGCGCCUUGUGCUGCUUCUCCAAACCAAGUUACCUGUGAGUCUUGCAUCUCAUCAUUUCACAACAUGUCACGCCUAACUUACAGUCCCGGUUUGCCAGCACGGCCGUUGCAGGCCCAGUUCAUUCCCUAUCGGUGACGAUGAAAACUUCGUUUCUUCUCGAAAAUUAAAGACGAGGACAGUCGAAUUCACGUGUCUGGUUUUUCUGUACAAUUUGUUUCCAAUUCCAACGUUAUGUCGGUGAUCAAUGAAGAAAAAAGGAAGAAUGACGUACCAUCUGAAACUCCCAUAGAAACUAUGAAAAAAAAAAUCUUCUUCUUUAUCAUCCAAGUUUGUAUAAUAAUGUAGUUUGCCCUAGGCCUACACUAUGCCCACACACAGCCAAAGUUUAGACGCAAACAAGUUGCCCUCGCUGUACGUGUAAAUCUCUUUAGACAUUUCAACGUUGAUAAAACGGUUCACGUCCCACUUGAAUAUCUUUCAAGCGAUUUGCAUCUCCACAGCCCAUCAAAUUUCAUUUUCCCUUUUUGAUGUAAUAUUUCGCUCGAAUCGUGUCGUUUUCUUCUUCAAAUUCACGUGCUCUGUUCUCGUUCUUUUUUCACUGUUGAUUUUCAUUCAGUCUUUCUUGCCAAAAUCUAAUGAUGUGGAACAUUAAGAUAUUGCGUU